UCGUAGUAUCGCACUCGUCCAAGUCCCCCUUUGCCGUUCCAACCGUUUGGGCUCCAGAAUCAAUGGCGGCGGCGGUCGGCGGCCGGCGGCGUGGGGCUGAUGUCUCUGCUUCCACUGCGGCACUGCAUCUCGUGAAACGAAGACUACAAGAGCCGGCGGCGACGAGCUCACGAGCAUGCCCGCUUUCCUUCUUGGGGAAAAGCUUAUGCUGCGUGCCAUUUGGCCAAGGCCGCUUAAGGUUCUCAGUUGAAAGAGGGCACUGGUCCUUCUUGAUGAUGGUGGCGCCACAGACUUGGGGGGCUCUGCAAGAAGAAUUUCGGUAGAAAACUUUUAUGCGCAUGGAUGCCUUUCAGGCUUAUAGGCACUUCACAUUGCUUGGUUAUAUCACUAGAAUAUAGAACAUGAAAAUUCUACUAGGGUAUGUCAACGUAUGGUUUAUAAGAACCGUUUAUUUAUAUUAAGAAAAUUAUAGAAUAAAUGAGAGAAUCAAUAGAUUGAUGGGUAUCAUAUGGAAAUGAUAGAUGACCGAGAUAUACCGUAUAUGCAUAAGGACAUGCAGAGUUGUGUUUCCGUUAGAUAUAUGGGGCUCCAUGGACAACACAAUCCGCUGCACUUCUGAUGCUAUUGAUCACAAACAAGUGCUACGGGUGAUGGCACUUAACGCCUUAUCGAACGUGUGGAUUGCAGCUGCAACAGCGUCACAUUACUCAAGCAAAUGAAUAUAGAUUACGUACACUCAUCUUUUGAAGUAUCUACCAAAUAGCAAGCUCAAAAAGAUCUCCCCAGGAGUCUCAAAUUUCGUUCUUUGCGUGCUGAGGUUGUGAUCUUCCUUCCCCCUUUUAUUUAUACAUUUAGGUUUAUAUUUAUUUCUAAUGAAGUCCACUGAUUUUUUUUAGAUAGUUUUCCCUUUUUAUAACCUUCAAGUUUUUUUUCCUUAUUUAUUUUCAUUUUCUGCAGGGAUAAGCCACCUUCAAGGGAUGAGGUAGAAAUUGUGGAUAAUAAGUUUCAAGGGCGUUCCUCUAAAAUUUAUCAUGUUAAUAAUGGGUUCGUCUGCACCUUUACCUUUGAUAAAGUAACACUUCCAGGUUCGUCCUGACGGAUAGCAGCAUCCUACAUUUUGGCACAGUAAUUUGCUUGAGGUACAGUAAACUUUAGCGUUGCACUUUAUUACUGUGUAAUUGAUUUUUUUAGUGACUUGAUUUAUACGAGUUUGUAACCCAAACAAAAGGAAGCAAUCCAGUUGUGAGCAGGGUUUUGAUCCAAGAGGGAAAUCCUAAGAGGCAAGAAAGGUAUAAGUAACUGCAGGAACAAAGAAGUCACCCGAGUCUCCUGAGAAAACCAAAUGAGCCAUCUGCGAAGAAAAGUAAUGCAUUGCUCUGUGCGCUACAUAUAGAGGAUUCUUACACCAACUUGGCUCCAGAGUUACAGCGCGAGGAAAGAACUUUGAAAAGCGAUGGCUGCCCCACAAGUUAACAAGAAAAUGCUUGGUGAACUAGAAGUCAUGGGAUUCCCAACAGUUCGUUCAAUUAGGGCACUCCACUAUUCUGGUAAUUCCAAUCUUGAAUCCGCUGUAAACUGGCUUCUAGAACAUGAAAGUGACCCAGACAUUGAUCAGCUACCAUUGGUUGCAAGAGAAAUCAGCAUUGAAUACGGUGAUACAUCAAAUGAAGUAAGAAAUGACGUUCAAGGAAUAAGCGCUUCUGCGCAGGAGCGGAAACCAGAAGAACGGACUGAAACUGGAGGACAGAAGGUUGCAAGAGAAAUCAGCAUUGAAUGCGGUGAUACAUCAAAUGAAGUAAGAAAUGACGUUCAAGGAAUAAGCGCUUCUGCGCCGGAGCGGAAACCAGAAGAACGGACUGAAACUGGAGGACAGAAGGAGUUAUCCCACUUGGAAAGAGAACUAAAUGCAGAUGAAAAUGAGGAAGAAGACAGAAAGAGGAUAUUAGCACUGUAUAAGGAAAAACGAGAUGAGGAAGGAAGAAAAAGAAGGCGAACACAAAAUCAGUUACAAGAUGAUAAGAGGGAGAGAACUCGAGCUGCUAAAGACCUUAUGGAAGCAAAGAGAACUCUUGAGGAAAAUCAAAGAAAGCGCAUGAUGGAAAGUCGGAUAGCAGAUCAAGAGGAGGAGAAAAGAGCAAGAGAGAGAAUACGACAGCGUAUAGCAGAUGAUAAGGCAGAAAGAAGGCGAAGGCUUGGUUUACCGCAGGAAAAUCAAAAUCCAGUUGCUUCAGUUCUGAUCAUAACCCCCACAAAGGUAAAACCUGAUGAACGUGUCAUAACAUCAGAGCAACUAAGAGACUGUCUACGAACUCUGAAGAAGAAUCACAAGGAUGACAGUGCUAGAGUCACAAGAGCAUUCCAAAUUUUGCUGAAGAUUAUUGUCAACAUAGUGAAGAACCCAGCAGAGGAAAAGUUCAGGAGGAUUCGGCUCAGUAAUCCAGUUUUCAAGGACAGGGUGGGUAGCCUGCCAGGCGGUGUAGAAUUUUUGGAGCUGUGUGGGUUCCAGAGGCUCAGCGCCAGCGGCUACCUGGCCAUGCCGAGGGACAAGGUCGACAUGGCGCUCCUCAACGCCGCAGGAGUCGAGGUCGUGUCCGCCAUGGAAAACCCCUACUUUGGUCUGCUCUCCAAGUGAACGGAACGGCCAUUAUCGCCACCUGAUCCCCUAGGAGCUCGUCUGCUUCCCACGAGCUCAUGGCGAUGAAAACUGAAACGGGUGUACCACUGAAUGGCUUCAAAUCACUGUAAAUGACGCAUAGGAGAUGAAUAAAUGGAGCCUCGCCCAGGACAGACCAGAAGUCCAGAACACAUCAUUUACGGUGGCUUUGGAGGUGUUGCGUUUGUUUCUGCACUUGGUCCUCACCGUGUCCUGCUCUGUGUCGUCGGUCGUACACGGCCAUGGCGUGCAAACUGGAGGUCACUCGCUCACUGUUGCCCUACGAAGCAUAGCACUGAAUGCAUUUUAUUCUCUGGAGGGGAGGGGAACUGGUGGUGACAUGACCCGUGCUGGCGCCGGCACAUGACGUGCUUUCUGCAGCUGUACUCCGGAAGAGCUUCAAUUCUGGUGGAUGGGAGGUGUCAGUGUCACACCCCCUGCCUUGAAAUCAUGUGGACCAUGCAUACUUCAGAAACACGAUCUCGAUCUUUCAUUUUCAGAAACGCCGGUGGGCAAUGAUUUUUUUU